UGUGGUUCCAGAGUCCCGAAAGGCUGAUCAACGCUGCCCGGUGGGGGGGCAAGAAGCGGGUGUUUCUCCCCACCGUUCAAGGCGGGAAGCGAGUCGGGUUCUUCAGCACGUGGGAAAGCUCGCCGGGGGAGCAUGAGGCGGACUCGGGCGGAGGAAAAAGAGAAGGAGGCGAAGAAACGAAAACUUCUGAAUGAACUUGGUGAGAGCUGCCUUCCAUAUUUGACACCAAAAGAUGCUGGCUUCCAUCAACUGUGGAAGACUAAAUACUCCAAGCUUAUCCUCAAGAACUCCGAGAAGAUUCCUCAAGACCUUCACGAGGAAGUCCAAGAAGCAUUUUUCACUUUACGAAAGCAUGUUUGCUUCUUCCAAGACCUUGUAAGGAUCAAAGGGAAGGGUUUUGUUACCCCCGUAUCUCGCAUAUUAAUUGGGAACCCAGGGUGCACUUACAAAUACUUGAACACAAGGUUGUUUUCCGUCCCUUGGCCUACGGAAGGCUACGACAUCCACUACUCCAAUCCUGAGAUAUCCCUGGCUUGUAAAGCGUUAAGCAGGCUUAAUGACUACUUGCAGAGAGAAUCUUUGCUGGGUCUGCAAAGGCAUUUGGCCGAGACAACAGGAACGCAGAAUUCACCCUUCGGGGACGGGGAUCAAGAUUAUGUUACCGAGACGGGAGCUGUUUUGCAAGAUCAAAACCCUUCUCCGAAGAGUGACUCCACCAUCCCGAAAGAGAGAACAUCUUACAACCUGACAUUAUUAAAUUAUAUGGAUCCCCAGAAAAUGCCGUCCUUGAAACCGGAGCCCUAUUUUGGCAUGGGGAGAAUGGCUGUGAGUUGGCACCACGAUGAAAAUCUAAUGGAAAGGUCAACAGUGGCGGUCUACAGUUACAGCAGCGAAGAAGUGGAUGGUGGAGUCCUUGAACAAAAAUCUGCGGCUGGCAGAGAUCCAGAUGUUUGGCACGUUGGCUUGAAAGUUGCUUGGGAUAUAGAGACGCCAGGUUUAGCAAUUCCACUUCAUCGGGGAGACUGUUACUUUAUGCUAGAUGAUCUGAAUAUGACUCACCAACAUUGUGUAUUGGCUGGCCGGCAGUCAAGAUUCAGCUCCACACACAGAGUGGCAGAAUGUUCAACGGGGACCCUGUUUUACAUUCUGGACAAAUGCAAGGCAGCGCUGGAGAAUUUGAACACCGAUGCUGAUUUGAAGGGCCCGUCCUUGAAAUCAAUGGAGGUUGGAGAUAUAACACGAGUGGAAAAAACUCACAGUGAGGUGGAAUUUGAAUGGCUUCGACAGUUUUGGUUCCAGUGGAAACGGUACAGAAGAUGCACCGACUGGUGGGACAAGCCAAUGGCCAAUCUGGAAGACCUUUGGAGACAAAUGGAGCUCAUGACAAGUCUAUUGCUCUGUGAAUUACGAAAAGAAGAACAGAUGGAGGAACAAAGGAAUGAAAAAAUCCGCUGCCUUCUGCCCCUCCAGGUCGAACGACAGGCUCUGCGUCAAGAAUGGCUGGCGAGGUGCCAUUCCCCACUUUCAGAAAAGUUACCAGAUGAUGAGAAACCGAAAUGCCAGCCUUACUGGGAGGGCAAUGACCCCAGCAUGCCAUUACCUUUUGAUCUCGAGGAUAUAAUAUUUGAACUACAGACAAUGCUGGAAGAUUAGAAAAGCUUUAUCAGAAACUGGAGUUGGGAGUCCCUUUGUUAAGAAGCACCAAAGACGACCAAUGAAAGCAAAGAAGUCUGUUGAUUAAUUGUAGAUUUAAUAUUCGGUAGCAUGGUCAGUUGAGAAACAAAUCAAAAAAGGGUUCUUUGGUGUUCUCUGAGCUUGGUUGUUUUCUUGAAGACAUUUCGUUACCCAACUAGGUAACAUCAGCAGGGCUAGGAGGGAGGGAGUCUGCAGAAAGGAGGAGGAGGAGGACUCUGGAGUUCUUGGUGCUCUCUGAGCUUUUGUUGUUUUCUUGCACGUGUUUUAUUCAAUCCUGAGCUACAAACAUUUUUGAUCGAUCAAAAAAGACAUUUUUGGAGCAGGAUUAUGAAAGGUAGAUUACCUGGAAUCUGUUUUGGAGCUAGAAACUCAAGCAAUAUCCACACCAAGGAGCAUUUCAAAUAGGUCAUGAGAAAUAAAGGACCAACUGAUGCCCUGUUUUAUUGAUGUUUACCGAUAUUUAAUGAUGUUUUGGUCUUUGGUUGCAUGACAAAGAAACACCAUCGAGUCACCCAAGAAAUCAGGAAUCGUAUUAUUCGG